UUAGACACAAAUCCUCAAAGCACAAGCGCACAAAGAGCGGCUGAAGAAGUAGUAAAUUAAGCUGGGCGGGAACUGCUCCAGAAGCAUGGCCGCUGCGGGCGCGCCCGCGGAGGGCGCGUCGGCUUACGAGUAUGACCUGGUUGUGAUUGGUGGAGGCUCGGGUGGCCUUGCUUGCGCCAAGGAGGCGGCCAAGCUGGGCAAGAAGGUGUGCCUGCUGGACUACGUGGUCCCCUCGCCGGCGGGCACGUCGUGGGGCCUCGGCGGCACCUGCGUGAACGUGGGCUGCAUCCCCAAGAAGCUCAUGCACAACGCGGGCCUGCUGGGCGAGGGCUUCUCCGACGCGCGCGGCUACGGCUGGAAGCUGCCGGAGAAGAUUGAGAUGAACUGGGAGGACCUGGUGAUGGGCGUGCAGAACCACAUCGGCUCGCUCAACUGGGGCUACCGCGUGGCGCUGCGCGAGGCGUCCGUCAAGUACCUGAACGCCAAGGGCUCGUUCGUGGACGCGCACACGGUGGAGGCGGUGGAGCGCAACGGCACCAAGCACACGCUGACGGCCGAGCGGGUCGUCAUUGCGGUGGGCGGCCGCCCCAAGUAUCUGGGCGUGCCGGGCGACAAGGAGCUGUGCAUCACCUCGGACGACAUCUUCUCCCGCGCCACCCCGCCCGGCAAGACGCUGGUGGUGGGCGCCAGCUACAUCGCGCUGGAGUGCGCCGGCUUCCUACGCGCGCUGGGCUACGAGGUGGCGGUCAUGGCGCGCUCCAUCUUCCUGCGCGGCUUCGACCAGGAGAUUGCCGAGCUGAUCGGCAAGGACAUGGAGCGCCGCGGCGUGCGCAUGAUCAAGCCCGCCGUGCCCACCGCCUUUGAGCGCGACGGCGAGCAGAUCAAGUGCACCUUCAAGAACCUGGACUUCGGCGUGGAGAUGAGCGAGAGCUUCGACACCGUGCUGCUGGCUGUGGGCCGCGACGCCUGCACCUUUGACCUGGGUCUGGAGAAGGUGGGCGUCACCUACGACAAGUCCAGCGGCAAGAUCCCCGUGACGGCGGAGCAGACCAACGUCCCCAGCAUCUACGCCAUCGGCGACGUGCUGGAGAGCCGCCAGGAGCUGACGCCCGUGGCCAUCAAGGCCGGCAUCCGCCUGGCCCGGCGGCUGUACGCGGGCGCGACGCUGCAGAUGGACUACGACGCCGUGCCCACCACCGUGUUCACGCCCCUGGAGUACGGCUGCGUGGGAUACAGCGAGGAGGCCGCCACCGUCAAGUACGGCGCGGACAACAUCGAGGUGUACGUGUCCUACCUGAAGCCCCUGGAGUGGACCAUGAACCACGAGGAGCACAACGGCGAGCCGGUGCGUGCCGACAACAGCGUAUUCGUCAAGCUCAUCACCAACACCGCCGACAACGAGCGCGUGGUGGGGGCCCACUACCUGGGGCCCAACGCCGGCGAAAUCAUCCAGGGUGUGGCCGUCGCCGUCAAGGCCAACGCCACCAAGGCCGACUUCGACGACUGCAUUGGCAUCCACCCCACAGUGGCGGAGGAGUUCACCAUCCUGGAGGUCACCAAGCGCAGCGGCAAGUCGGCGCUCAAGAAGGGUUGCUGAGGCUAAGCCCCCCACUGGCUAAGCCGCCGCGGACAGACUCUCCAGCCCCGUAAGGGGGCCCCAUAAGCGCCACCCAGAACGUGACGCCACGACAGAGCAGCAGCAGCACCGCACUAUUACCAGACAGCUGCCAGUCGGUAAGCUGCUCAACUGUUCGUGGCGUGGCGGUUUCGGGUAGCUUAGUGGGGAUGUGUCUAGUCUGCGGCGGCUGCCAGUGGGCGGGUGCGUUGGUGAGGUGGGCGGCAGCCGUCACGUGCGGGCCUCAGCAAUGGCCCGCGAACGUGGACGGGCCGACCGGCCCACAGAUCCGGGCUUAUCGGCGGCGCAUGGAGUCGCGCACGAGCUGCAGGUGCGACAAAGAGCUGUGUCCAACAUUGCCAUCAUCAUCGAAGGCGCCGGGCGCUUUCUCAAGGCGUCGGGGCAUGCCAGUCACGCGAAAGCUUGGGUGGUGGUGAUGAUGGUGCUCUGGGGCAGUGAGUCGUGCAUGCAGAUGUAUGUGAGGCGGCUUCAUGCGUGUGUCGCGCCCGGGCGUCAGGUAUGGCCCUGCGGCUUUAAUUGUGAAGCAGCUGCUUGCAACAACGGUUAUUUGACUUGGGCGGCUUCGACCCUCUCUCUGUCCCGUACUGAAGCGUUCAAGGAGGGUUGCAAGCCUGCGGAUGCCGCAGCGGCCGGCAAGUGUGGGACAACUCCGUGACAUGACGGUGCAUGCUGAAUUCAGAGGCAUGUACCUGAGACAUAUGGAGACCACGGCCUGAUGUGAGGAUGAUUGAAGUAGCUGUUUCGUGUGUGUUUGUGUGAUGGGACUGUUCAGUUGAGGGCGCCGGCUGCGAGAGGGCCGGCAGUGAGCAUGGAGACGUGAGUGCGAUAGACACCCGGCGCGUCGAGUCCUGGCGUGAGCGUCGGAGCUGGGCCGGUGACAGACAACUACGGCACAUCCGUACAAGCAGGAUGUUGACGUGACUGCGAGGACGGCCUGGCAGGCACUGCAUGUGCCGCGGUAGUCUGUUGAGGGCAAGGUAGACGUCUGAGGAUGUGAGUGCGGUAUUCAUCUUGCUUAUUUCGUGUAUGUCGUGUGUAUGUGGAGCUGCACCGAUUGUGUGGCGGCAAACGAAGGACAGUCGGAUCCUCUGCGUCCUGGAGUGCUGCAAGGCGUCAUUCGGCAGAGGAGUGGAUUGCAUGGAGAGAUGGCAACGCUGCACGGAAGCAUGCCCCGUGUGUAAGAUCCUGUGCAU